CCUCUGAGGGCGAUAAUGGCGGGCGCGGCCAUGGCGCUGAGGGCGGGGCGGGGCCGCGCAUGCGCCCCGGCCCCGCGCUGCGUCUCGGGCGCUGUGAAAGAGCGGAGCGGGCGCUGCCGCGGCCCCGCCGCCGUCAUGGGGCCGCUGCUGCUGCCGGUCCUGGUGCUGUGGGGGCUCGGCGGAGCGCGGGCGGAGGACGCGUGUGGUAUCCCAGGCAGGCUGCAAUACGCGGAGCUGGAGGAGAAGUUCAGAGGAAUAGAGAGUUUUCCUGUUGGAAGUCAAGUCUCCUUCACCUGCCGGCCGGGAUAUAUGAAAAUCCCUGGAAAAUCCCUAACUCUCACGUGUGGUCCUGACUUACAGUGGUCACCCAAAGAGCAGUUCUGUACAGAGAGAAGAUGUAAGCACCCAGGAGAAUUAGCAAAUGGUGUUGUUGAUGUGACAGAUCUUACAUUUGGUUCAACUGCUACUUUUUCUUGUCGAGAAGGAUACAGAUUAUUUGGAAACCAGCAGGUUACCUGUGUAAUUAGGAAUGAAGGUGUUGAUUGGGACCGGGAGAUGCCUUUCUGUGAAGUGAUUCCCUGUGAUCCCCCUCCCAGCAUCACCAACGGGCACCACACAGAAGCUGCCAACUACGUGUAUCAGACUGCAGUGAGCUACUCCUGUGAUGCUGUCCCAGCAGGCUCAGAUCCCUUCUCCCUCAUCGGCUCAGACACCAUUUUCUGCACAUCUGAUGAACACUCAAAUGGAGUUUGGAGUGGGCCACCUCCACAAUGCAGAGUGGUCAAAUGUGAAAACCCGAGAGUUAAAAAUGGGUACAAAAUAUCUGGAUUUGGGCCUUCCUAUACUUACAAGGACUCUGUCCAGUUUGUGUGUGAUCCAGGCUAUUACAUGGUUGGAGAAGAUAUAAUUUCCUGUGCAGAAGAUAACACCUGGUCUCCUCCAAUACCAACCUGUGAGAAAAAUGUAUGUGGUGCUCCAGAGGUCACAAACGGAGCUGUGGUUCCGCUGAAAUCUGUCUAUAAUGAAGGAGAGUCUGUUCAGAUAAAGUGCAAUGCUCACUGCUCUUUUCCUGAUGGCACCAAGGAGGUGACAGUGACUUGUCAGGGACAGAAGACAUGGAGUUAUUUUCCAAAGUGUAGAUGUGGGCCUGAAAGUCCUGGUUCCACUCCAGGUACAAGUCCUGGUUCUAUUCCAGGCAUAAGUUCUGGUUCCACUCCAGUCAUAAAUUUUGGUAGAGUAGUUGUGGGACAAAAGCCUUCCUAUGUUGUGGGGGAUUGUAUUACCAUUGAGUGCUACGCAGGGUACACGUUACAAGGUGAAGCUGAAAUUCGGUAUAUGGGAGGAAACCAGUGGUCUCCUGGAGUGCCAACCUGCCAGCUGAGUGGAUAUGUCAUAGCCUGCAUCUGUGUGCUUGUGGUGAUCGUGGUGCUCCUGGCAGCCUUCUGGGCCUAUAAGAAAUUCUUUUCACAGAAUGGCUCGUACACAGUUGAUGAGAGUUGCAAGGAAACAUGUAUUUUAAAAACUAAGGCCCCAGCUGAGAUGGAAGACACUGAAUACAUGAAUUAAUUGACUCUUUAAAAGGAAACGCGACAGCACUCCAUGUACUGCCGAAUAUAAGAUGUGUAAAGCAUGAAUGACCUUUUUGGGGGGGUGGGAGGGGAUUUGCAGUGGAAUAUCCCUGCCAGAAAUGGAAAACAGUUGCACUUGCAUUGAGUAGAGGAGUACCUUGUGCUGUGUCUUGUCCUGCUGGUUAAAUGUAGGAGGAGAUGGUUAAUGGGGUAAAAAGUGUGUCUGCAGUUGUAUAGACAGAUAUUCUGGUUUUCCUCCUGGCCUGCUGUCUUUCCUCAUGGCUGUAGCAUCCAAGAGUGUCUGUCUGCAGGAGUCAGUGCUACCUCUUUGCUUACAGAAGACUGUCCAGUAUUCUCUGUUCUUUUAUGGUUCUGCUCACCAAAACUGUGUCCUCCUGCUCCUCCUUUUUCUGUGGCUGAGCUGGCAUAAAUGUUGUCCCUUGUAUUGUUAUUGUUGUUAUUAUUAUUAUUUUCCAUGAGAGAUCGUGUCAUUGAAGGCUGUGUCUUUUUGAAACUAUCAUAGGUCAGAUCUCAUAUGCUCUACCUCUUUGUUUGUCAGAGUUGAUUUCUGUGUAUCUAACUAAUUAAAGUGUGCCUUUAAAUCAGAGCUUUAUAGCUUUUCCUUUGCUUUUAAGAAGGAAAAAAGCCAUAUAUAUUUCUAACUCUUUGAUAUAAUCCUGCAAAGGCCACAGUGGAUUUAUUAUAGUAGAAAACUGGAGGUUUCUGUAGCAAAGACAUUCCCUGCCUUUGAAUUUGUUGGCCUGUUCUAGAAGUUACCUAAUUAAAGGUACUGCUGAGAAAUCAGUGGUACCAUCUCCUGUCGUGAGCACAGUGUAAGUCCUUUAGUGGGCUCGAUUUUUAUUGAGUCUUGAUGUCAGUUCUGGAGAUACUUUGCUACUUUUCAGGAUAGAAAGGCUGCUGUGUGGACCCACCUUCCUUGCUUUUUUCCUUGAAAUCAUACAUUCCACAUUCCAAAUCUCUGUCUACAGACAGAGAUGUUAAUCAAGCUCUGUAAUGAAGGAUUUAUCAUCAUGCACCUGUUCAGAAACAGAAACCUUUCCCUGUCAGACUCACUUUUCAUGUUGAAGGAAAACCAAAGCAGUUUAGUGCUGGGAGUGCAGGGCUGGAUGUGCUGGCAGUGGUGGUAGAUGAGGUCUCUCUUUAGCUCCUUAGCACAAUUUUUUAGUCCAGACUGUGACUCCAGGAGUUGGCAAACACUCCAGUGUUCGCCAUGAGGUUGCUACUUCUAAUUCCUUAUCAAAACCAAAAGCCUAAUUAGGAACAGGUUUUAACUUCCUGAAUCUCACUGUCAACCUACAGGCAGCUUCUAAGAACCAAUUCUCCCAGAAAAAAACCAAAUUGCCUCACUUCCCAUGCCUGGGGCAGCAUUGAAACCGUUCUGGCUUGUCUCUGGUGGCUUGGCACUGCUCCACUGUCAUCAACUGAUUGUUGGAGCAACAGAGUUUGGGGCUUUUUAGGGCUUUUUGGGACAAUCCCAGCGGUUGCAUUGUUAGAGCUCAUAAUAGCCUGUGGUUUUUACAAAGGGCUUUUGGCUCCACAGGAUGACUUGCUGUUCACGGGCUGGUUGACAUCUUAGUUUGAGAAUUGUUUGUAAACACUGGGGGGUGUGACUGGGGGGUUGAGUGGGGGGGUCACAAGCUCAGCUUGCUUCGUGUGGCAACGUGCUAAAAACGGGCUGAAAAUGCACUUAAAGCUGAGCUGGAAUCACUGUAAAAAUUGGCCUUAUUUUGACACUUCUUUCCGGAUGUAAAGACUUAGUAAUGCCUUGUAAUAUUGCAAAUAAAAACGUUAAAUUAUUUA